UACCUGAUGAGAUCAAAGGAAGAGAGAUUCAUCAUUCCUUUCCAAUGACCCUUUUUCAGGUAUGGAAUUUUAAACCAAUAUAUCUCAAUUAAAAAGAAAUCGUAGUUAGUAGUUGCACUAUUAAUUAAAUCUCUUGAUGCAUUGUGGUUGCUCAAACUACAGCCUCGAACAGUUAGGCUGAACCACAAUACACUAAAAGCUUCUCAAGUAUUGGACAUGGCAAUUUGUUGUCAUCCGCCCAGUGUGUUCUGUCUUGAUGAUAACUUUGCAACUUCUUCAGUUUUAUCCUUCUUGGUUGAGCUGGACAUUCACAAUCAUCCUCUUUGUGUCUGUUUCAUUAGCAUUAUACUCUUUGGUAGCCUUUUACCAUGUCUUUGCAAAAGAGUUGGAACCUCACAAGCCACUUGCAAAGUUCAUGUGCAUUAAGGGAAUUUUUUUCUUCUGCUUUUUGCAGGGAGUGGUGCUUGACAUACUAGUUGCGGUGGGCAUCAUAAAGCCGCAUCAUUUCUGGUUGGAUGUGGAGCACCUUGAGGAAGCUUUUCAAAACAUAUUGGUGUGUCUGGAGAUGGUUUUUUUCGCUGUUCUCCAGCAGUAUGCAUACCAUGUUAACCCAUACAGUGGAGAUGAUGAAGCUAAGUUGAAGCUAGGAAAGAAAAUGGAAUGAUUUUAGGAUUCCCAAGCUCUAAUUGGAAGAAAAAAAUAUCUGUUUCUGUGGGAUUAGAAAAUAAUUUGUUAUGAA